GGUGUCAGAAAUAUAAUUUUAACACACUGCAGAGCGGCUAGAGUAAUGGUGCUUUAAUGGCUAUAUUUUUCAGCUGGGGUAGCGCGAAAUUCGACAAUCACAAGCUUUUUUGUGAGGAUCAUUGCAUAACUGAGGAAAGUGUUUUUAUUGAAAUAAGUAAAAACGAAUUCAAAGGUUUUUUAUGGUUGUUUUAGUCAAACAUGUCAUUUUCCUUGCAAAUAAACCCUGCAUCAAUACAGACUACAGAGAAAAGUAUAUCUUAAUAAAACUCGGUGCAAAAAUUUCAACCAUGUUGAAAAGAUAACGUUUUUUAACAGUUGAUUGCUACGUAAACGCAAACAUUUUUUUCAAAGCCACGAACUACGUUGGAAGAUCAAACGAUCAAUGCCCAGGAACAGUCUUUUUCCAGAUACGUUACUACUUGAAACCUUAAUUGCAUUUUAAAAGCACAGCAUUUGUAACACACGAAUGAAGAAGAGGCACAUUGCAAUGCAAAUGCUGAGAAGUAUGUCAGGAAAGGAUAAAUUUGUAGAUAGAAGAUGGAGGAAAGCAGAAUUCUACUACAAGCAAAGAUCCAGCUCUUUCAGCAGAUACCAAAACUGUUUGUGCUCAGCCAGCGACUUGGAGGCAGAAACGGCCUUCAAGAUGCAAAAUGGCAUGACAAACAGUUCAAGAUCUCAGGCUCUCACACGAGUAUAUAGCAGAAACAGCAGAGGUCAUAUAAAGGGCCCUAGUCCCGUCAAAAGGCUCCCAAAAGGGAGGAGAAGUGGUAAGAGCAGUUGUGAAAUUUCUUCUAGCUUAAGAUCAUCAUAUAAUUUUUACAAUGGGUCUGAAAAUUGCUCUUUGAAUUCCUCAUGCAUUUCAAGCCGCGGUGAAGGGAUCAGCAGAAGCUGCAACUUUUCAUAUGAUGAAUGCUGUGAUAAGAACAAGUAUCUGAUAAUGGAUCCAUUACAUGCAUCCAAGAGCACAUCCAACCAUGCAAAGCAGUGCGCUUUUGCAUUGCAUGGAAGGAAAGAAUGGAGAAACCACACAUUUCAUUCAUUUAAAAAUCAUGAGUACCAUGAACAGCUGGGUGAUCUUGAUCAAAGUGUGAGAGAGAUCAAAGAAAAUCAUGUGGGUUUGAGCCAAAAAUAUAGACCUAAAUCCUUCAAUGAGUUUGUUGGACAGGAAAUUAUAAGGAAAUCCCUUAUGAAUGCAAUACUGAAACAAAAGAUUGCUCCCGUGUAUCUGUUCUAUGGGCCGAGAGGAACAGGGAAAAAAUCUGCUGCAAGAAUUUUUGCUUCAGCUUUGAAUUGCUCAUCUCCCGACGCGAGAAUAAAACCCUGUUGCAAAUGCAGAGAAUGCUGUCUUUGCCUGUCGGGGGAAAGCCCUCAUAUGGCCGAAUUAAAUGCGGCUGGCAAUGAUGGUAUUGAAAUACUUAAAUUAUGCCUCGAAACUGUAAAGUACGAUCAUAUGGCUUCUGGGUACAAGGUGGUUAUUGUAGAAGACUGCCAUGAACUCAGUCCGGAGGCAUGGAGCACUUCAUUCUUGAAAUGCAUGGAAAAUGCUAUUGGGUAUUUGGUUUUUAUUCUGAUUGCAGUGGAUUUAGAUUGGAUUCCUAAAACAGUAAUGUCCAGAAGUCAGAAAUUCUGCUUUCAGAAACUGAGAGAUACAGAUAUAUUGAAUAGGCUUAAGAAAAUCGUGGUUGCAGAAAAUAUCAAUAUUGAAGAGGAAGCAUUGCAUUUAAUCACAACAAGAGCAGGCGGUUCAUUGUGGGAAGCAGAGACAGCAUUGGAGCAGUUCAGCCUUCUUUCCUCGAAAAUUACCCUUUCAAGGGUUCGCCAAAUGAUUGGUUUGUUGCCAGACGAAAAACUGCUUGAUUUACUCGACUUUGCCUUAUCAGCUGACAUUGAAAAUACUGUGAGAUGCACACAAGAGAUCAUUGAGUGUGGAGUCAAGCCACUUGCGCUGGUUUCUCAGUUAGCAACUCUGGUUACAAGCAUUUUGGCCAGUAAUUGCCUUUCAUCAAAGGCAGAUGAAACCCAAAUUUCAAUCGGCAACUCUUCCAUAUCGAUGGACAAAACAGAGAAGUUAGGCCGAGCUCUUAAAAUCCUUUCAGAUGCAGAAAAGCAACUGAGGGCUUCAAAUGAGUGCGUUUCUUGGCUCACAGCUGUCCUUCUACAGUUUGGCUCAGAUGAGUUGAAUCCAAAUCCCCACCCAGCAAUAGAUACAAACACAACUCAUACUAAUAUGGCCUUGUAUAAUCAGAACCAGAGGGAGGUGUAUGAAAUGGAUCAUGCUCUUGAAGAGGAAAUAGCUCAUCACAUUGAUCAUUGGAAUGUGUAUCAAGCUCCACACAAAGUUCCCUCAGCAACCAAAUCCAGAGCAUUUGAAGAUAAAGAUUCCAGAAAUGUAGAUUCACUUGAUACAAAAUGGUGCUUAGCAGAGAGUUCAAUUAAUCCUUUCUGCAACCAGGGUACAAUCAAAACUGUUCACUCACAUGAUACUCAAGGAAUCAUUUUUCCAGUGCCAUCUUCAUCACAAAAUUGCACAAGUGAAGCAGAAAACCUGGAUCUCAGACCUAUGAGCCCAUGCACAGUGGAAGAGAUAUGGAAAAGAGUGCUGAAAACAAGUCAGUCUACUACUCUUGAGGACUUGCUGCAAGGUCAGGGAAAAUUGGUGUCCCUAUUGUUGUGCCAAGCCAACGCAGGUGCAAUAGCCCAUGUGGAACUCAGAAACCAUCAGCGAAAAGCAAAAGUGGAAAGGUUAGAGCUAAGCAUAUCCAAUGCAUUACAAGAAGCUCUUGGAUGCCCUGUUGAGGUGAAAAUGAUGGUUCCUUCAUGUUGUGAAAAUAACAUUCCAUUGGAUGGCUCCAAUUCUAUUCCUUAUAACCCAAAAGCUACAUUGCAUUGCCACGAAAGUAAACUGAAUUCCUCGAAGCACAGAAUUUUGAGAAAGAGGAGAAAAUUUGGACUCCCUUUUAACUGUGUGCCUUGCCUAAACUUAAGCUGUAUCUGCUUUUCUCUUAAAAGAUGUCUUUGUGCGGACUGUUAACACUAGGCAAGUCUAUACAUUUACUACUUCAAAAAAAUAUACCAACCCUCAUGAAAGUUAAGUGUAAGCCGGAAAUCAUAUGGAAGUCUUUCUACAUGAGUUAAAUUACUACUGAAUAGCAUAUAGAUUCAUUUCUAAGAGAAUUAUAUUACAGUUUAUAUAAAUGAGUUUUGAAUUCACUGCAACUUCUAUUUGCAGUAAGUUGAAAAGAGACUGAAAUUGGUCUCCUAUCCAUGCCAUCUUGUAAGAAGAGGAGGUGAUGACUUGAUGAAGAGCCUAUCCUAUAUAUGUAUAUAUAUACACAAACA